UAUGGGUCAAAUGGCUGCAAAACAAAAUCAAAAUCACAAAUUGGCUGUGUAGGAGGAAAAUUAAGUACAAGAACCUGAGAAAGAAAAUAUGGAAAUAGAAUAAGUCGAUUAAAUAAGUGUUGAAAACUAAAAGUGUUUAAAAAAUUAAUUCUUUUAGAUAUCCAUUCUGUAUUGUUUGGACAAGUAUACCAGUUAUAACAUGGCUUAUUCCUUGUAUAGGACAUACUGGAAUUUGCACAUCUGAAGGAACUAUUCAUGACUUUGGGGGACCUUAUUUCAUAGCAAUCGACAAUUUUACUUUUGGAAAACCAUUAAAAUAUGUUAGGUUAAAUAAAGAAUUUGAGGUUUCAAGAUAAACUUGGGAUGAUGCUGUUUUAAAAGCAGACGAUGAAUUCGGUUAAUAGAUGGUACUUAUGACAAUAAAAUUUAGCAUAAUUUAUUUACAAAUAAUUGUCACAGCCAUGUUGCAAAGGCUCUAAUUAAUAUGAAGUAUAAAGGGAAAUAAUCUUAUACUAUGUUCCAUAUAUGGCUUAUGCUCAUUAUAAGCGGAUAAUAUGUUAGGUAUUUGUGCGUUUAUAGAUUAAAAAAGUUUUGGAAGAUUUGUUAAGACAUUUUUACCAACCAUCAUAUUUUAUGGCAUCAUUUUAAUGGUAGUGUUCUUAAGUAAAUGAUUAUGAUAAAAAAUAUCGUGCAUGAUUUAUUUCCA